UUUAUUUUUUUAUAAAAACUUUAAUAAGUAAAAUAGUAAAUCUUAUCCAAAAUUAUUCAAAUUAAAAAUUAUGAAGUAAUUAAUCAUGGUUUCACGAGACAUUGGUGAGGUUAAAGAUAAAUUUUUUUAUGUAAAUAGCAGUGAUGUGGAUGCUUUUCUACAACUUAAAAUAGGAACUUUAGAAGGAAAAAAAGAUCUUGAAAAUUAUCGCCAACUAUUAGAUGAUCCUCAACUGAAGUUUACUGGACUGCAUCAAGCUUCAUGCCCAGAUCUUUGUAUUACUGUAACUGUAUUUCAAGAUGGAAGACAGUUGUUUACUCCUAUAAAGACAUCUUAUAAAGCUUUUACCACAAGGUGGAACUGGAAUGAAUGGAUGCAGCUCCCUACAAAGUUUCAAGAUUUACCGAGAAAUGCUCAGCUUGGUAUAACUAUUUGGGAUAUAUAUGACUGUAACCAAGCUAAUCCUGUUGGUGGAACAACUGUAUCUUUGUUUGGGAAACAUGGUAUUCUUCGUCAAGGCAUUCAUGAUUUGAGAGUAUGGCCUGGAAAAAUUGCAAAAGGUGAUAAUUCAACUCCAGGGAAAGAAGAAGAUUCUAAAGAUGAAAUGACCAAGUUAUCUAAACUGAGUAAAAAACAUCACAAAGGAAGAAUCAUGAAGGUAGACUGGCUUGAUCGUUUAACCUUCAGAGAAAUUGAAAUGGUUAAUGAGCGUGAGAAGCGUAAUUCAAAGUUUUUUUAUCUGAUGAUUGAAUUUCCUCGUGUUAUUCUGAAUGGAGUUGAACAUGCUAUUGUUUAUUUUGAAAAAGAUGCUGAUGAAAUUGAGUAUGUCAAAGUGUUUCCUGAAAUAGUUACUUUACCAGAUCAUGAAAUAUUAAAAGAAAAUUUGGUUGAGAGUAAACAUCACAGACUGACAAGAAGCAUCCGUAGUGGCACAAUAUCUAGAGAGUUGAAACCAAAUGCUGCUAAAAGAGAUCACCUAACGAAAAUUAUUGAGUAUCCUCCUACAGCAAAUUUGACUUCUGAGGAAAAAGAUUUAAUAUGGCAGUUUAGAUUUUAUCUCUCAACAAAUAAAAAAGCUUUGACAAAGUUCUUAAAAUGUGUAAACUGGAAUCACACAUUAGAAGCAAAACAAGCUCUGGAUCUUCUUUACAAGUGGGAGCCUAUAGAUGCUGUUGAUGCUUUGGAAUUGCUAACUCCACACUUCACCAACAAAGUUGUUCGCCAGUAUGCUGUUUCAAGAUUAAAACAAUCUUCAGAUGAGGAUUUGCAACUUUAUCUUUUACAACUAGUUCAAGCUCUGCAGUAUGAUGCUGAACAUUCCAAUACUAGAGCAGAGUCUACCACCAACACUGGUAUUGUUGGUAGUCUUUCUGAUGAAGCUGUUGGAGAAAAAACUCAUGAAGAUGGAGAGAACAUUGAAAGUAUGCAACCUAUUGAGGAAGUGGAAGUAAAUCAUGAUAAAGAAGAUAUUUCAGUUCUGUUAAAACCAUCUGUUAAAAAUGAAGAGGAACUAGAUCUUGCAUCUUUUUUGGUAACCAGGGCUUGCACUAACGAUAAAAUUGCAAACUUUUUUUAUUGGUACUUACUUGUAGAAUGCAAAGAUAAAAGAGAUCAAAAAGUUACAGACAUUUAUCUGAAUAUAAUGCGGAGGUUCAGCAAAGCAUUAUUAAGGGGUGAUCAUAAUUGUCGAAGACGUAGAAUGAUGCUUGGCAAAGAGCAAAAAUUUCUGGAUAAAAUCACAGAGCUAGCCAAACAAAUCCAACAGUUUAGUGGAAAUAGAAAGAAGAAGAUUGAAAAGCUGCAACAGUUGCUUGAUACACCAGAAUAUGUCUCAUUUGAACCUAUUCCUUUGCCACUUGAUCCUGAUAUUCGUGUUAAAGGAAUUGUUCCAAGCAAAGCUAGCAUAUUCAAAUCUGCGCUUCAACCUAUGAAGCUAACAUUCAGAACAAUUCAAAACAGAGAUUAUGUGGCCAUUUUCAAAAAUGGAGAUGAUCUUCGACAAGACCAAUUGGUUUUGCAAAUUAUAACUCUGAUGAAUAAGUUGCUGAUGAGAGAAAAUCUAGACUUAAAGUUGAUUCCAUAUAAUGUGCUUGCAACAAGCAUUGUUCAAGGACUGGUUCAAUUUAUUGAUUCGCAAGCUGUUGCUCAAAUUUUAAAAGAUGAUGGGAGUAUCCAGAAUUUUUUUCGUCAACACAAUCCGGAGGAGGGAGCACUCUAUGGUAUACAUCCAGAAACAAUGGAUACAUAUGUGAAAAGCUGUGCUGGUUACUGUGUUAUUACUUAUAUACUUGGUGUUGGUGAUCGCCAUUUAGAUAAUCUGAUGCUCACAAAAUCUGGAAAUCUUUUUCAUAUUGAUUUUGGCUAUAUACUUGGUCGUGACCCAAAACCUUUUCCCCCACCAAUGAAACUUAGUAAGGAGAUGGUGGAGGGAAUGGGUGGAACAGCAAGUUCACAUUAUCAACAAUUUAGAAAACUUUGUUUCACAGCAUUCUUGCAUUUACGAAGGUAUGCAAAUUUAUUUCUAAACUUGUUCAGUCUUAUGGUUGAUGCUUCAGUUCCAGAUAUUGCUUUAGAGCCUGAUAAAACAGUCAAAAAGGUUCAAGAUAAAUUUCGACUUGACUUAAAUGAUGAAGAGGCAGUGCAAUACUUGCAAGCACUUAUUGAUGAGAGUGUUAGUGCAGUUUUUGCUUCACUUGCUGAACAAAUUCAUAAAUGGGCACAGUACUGGCGAAGGUAAAAGGUAGAUUUAAAAAUAUGCUCAUGGAUGUUUUAUCUGAUUUCUCGUUUGAAGCAAUUGUUUGCGUUUGCUGAAAAGAAUUCAAUAUAUAUUUUUUUUACUUUUUAAUUACAUUCAAAUCUAUAUUAAUAUUUAUAACAAUAAUAAAAAAAAAAAAUUUAAUUCAAGUUUUUUUAAUUUAAAAAUGGAUCAACCCUAAAGCAACAAACUAUGGAUAAAAGAAAAGUUUACUUGAUUUCACGACCGUCUGACAUUUUAUUUAUUGUUUAGAACAUUAAAUUUAAUGAAAUCAUAACAAAAAAAAUCCCAUCGCAUUACAGUUGUAUUGUCUUAAAAAAUGUAAUAUAAGUAUGUAUCUUAGUCAUAUA